CAAGAGAAGCUUGAAAGGCCCUUGAGUUUACUACAAAAUAGAAACGUCAUCCAUCGAGACCCAAAAUUGAUUGCCCUGGAAAGUACUAGAAUCUUCCUUCGAAUCCUUUAAAUACGCAACCCUAUCCCACCUUCACCAAACAAGAAUUACAAGUAGGUUUUAAUUCUCAAAAUACCAGCCGUCAAAGCAGUUCCAAGAAAUUGAAAAGAAAAUGUCUCUGAUUCCAAUUUUCUUCGUCAACCGACGAGGCAAUAACUUUGAUUCAUUCUCUGCAGAUGUAUGGAGCAACCGACAAGGCAAUAACUUUGAUUCAUUCUCUGUAGAUGUAUGGGAUCCCUUCAAGAAUUUCCCAUCACUCUCCCAAAAGAACUCCGAUUUUGUCUACGCUCGUGUUGACUGGAAGGAGACCCCGGAAGCCCAUGUGUUCACGAUCUACUAUCUAGACAUGACGAAGGAGGAAGUGAAAGUGGAGAUUGAAGAUAACAGGGUGCUUCAUAUCAGCGGGGAGGGGAAUGUUGAGAAGGACAAGAAUGACACGAGGCUUGUCAUGAAGCGGAGAAGUGGCAAGUUCUCGAGGAGGUUUAGCUUCAUGGAGAAGGUGAAGAUGGAUCAAGUUAAAGCUUCUAUGGAAAAAGGGGAUCUCACCGUCACUGUUCCUAAAGUUGAAGUGGAAAAGCCUAAUUUCAAGACCAUUCACCAUUCAUAUGUCUGAUUGAAGUUUUAAGUGUCUUAAACAUGAAAAAUCCGAUAAAUAUGUUUUAAGGAAUUGGUGGUCGCAGUUAAUGUCGGAAGUUGUCAGUAGAAUAUGAAAUAUCCUAGAAAUAUGUUUUUAAGGAACUGAAAAUUGUCAGUAGAUUAUAUAAUUACUGGUUCAAAUGUUUAAGAAUGUAAUCAGAAUUCUAGUAAUGAAAUUGGGAGUUGUUCUUAAUCAUGUUUUCAUUGCAGUAAUUAAUUGUUGUCUGAUUAUAAUAAUGGCGAGUUUCAAUCUGAAGCAAAGGGAAAGCACAUUGGAUUAAUCCUCAAAAGCCUAGGACAAAAAUA